ACAGCGGGCACUGGGUCACCAGGCAUCAGGUCAUUUGGCUCGCCAGCGGGCACCACGUCAUCUGGCAAGGCAGUGGGCACCGAGUCACCAGGCACGGCAGUGGGCUCCGAGUCAACUGGCAUGACCGCGGGCACUGGGUCAGACAUUGGAUCGUCUGGCCCGACAGCGGGCAUCGGGUCACCAGGCAUCAGGUCAUUUGGCUCGACAGCGGGCACUGCGUCAUCUGGCAAGGCAGUGGGCACCGAGUCACCAGGCACAACAGUGGGCUCUGAGUCAAUUGGCACAACAGCGGGCACCAGGUCAUCUGGCGCUGGAUCGUCUGGCUUGACAGCGGGCAUCGGGUCACCAGGCAUUUGAUUGUCUGGCUCGACAGCGGGCAUCGGGUCACCAGGCAUGACAGUGGGCACCGGGUCAUCAGGUA